AUGUGUCUUCCAGUUAGUUGUUUGAAAUGCAUAGUGGAAUUUGAAGCAAUUCUCAUAUUGAUAGGAGGAUUGGGUAGUUUUGGGUUUACGAUAUACUUAUAGAUUGAAUAUAACAUAGAAAAAUAGGAUGAUGUAAAAAUUAAACUGAUUUAAAGACAAAUUAAUUAGGACCAGGUACUAUAGUUACUUUUUGGAUAAUCUCUUCUUGCAUGAUUCUAAAUGGAAUAAUAGGAAUAUUGGGAGGAAAGAAAAAAAGUGCUUGUCUAUUGUUAUUAUUCAAUUUGGUUAAUAUUGGAUUAUUACUUGGAUUUAUUGCUCUUAUGAUUUUAGGAUAUGUUUUGGCAAAUAGAAUAGAAAAGAAUGAUAUCAAAGAUUAUUGUUCUUCAACUACUCCUUUAUAAUAGACUUAGAAUUUAGGAUAAAAUCUUUUAUGUUCUUCUGAUUGUGAAUGCUAUAUUGAGAAUCCAGGUAAUCUUCCCCCCUCUUAUGUUAAUUAUUCAACAACAGAUACAUCAUAAGUAUAAAUAUAGUUUAAUAUAUAUAGGCAACUAAAGUUUAAGAUUGUUAAUACUAUAGUGAUAACUGGAAUGAUACUUAGAAGAAUUAAGCUUAUUUUUUUUUAAAUAUUGAAAAAAAAUAUGAUUGCUCUGGUUGGUGCAAUCCAUUUUCUUUAUAAAUAUUUUAUGAUAUCAAUAACAAUUUUGAUUAAUCUGUAAAUAUUUAUCUAUAAAUUAGAAUGAUCAAUGCUUAUUUUCAGCUCAAUAAUAAUUAUAUGAUACAUGUUAAAUAAUAGGUGAUAUUUCAGCUGGAAUGACUGGAUUAAUGGGAUUAAUGGUAAUAUUUACUUUUUGUCUAUGUUGUCAUCCAACUAAAAAAGAUUAAGAUUAUUAUUAAAAAUUAGCAUAUUAUGAUUCAUGA